AAUGGCCCAAUAGCACCAAGAAAAUUAAAUUCCUUUACAAGUCCAAAGUAACAGAUUACACAUAGAAAGAGGAAGUCUGCUCUUUUGUCACAAGCUACACGCACUACUGCUAAUCAAACACACGCUUUCAUACCUCCUAAACGCCAUUACAGAAGCUUCUCUCUCCUCUCUCUCAUCUCUCUCUCUCUCUCUCUCUCUCUCUCUCUUGAAUUCUGUUCUCCAGAUUUUUCACUCAACUACUGUAGGUUUACUUCAAGACCCUUUUCUCUUUGAUCCUUCACUCAGAAUCUCAAUUCGUCGGUGAAAAUUUGUAUGUGGGUACUAAAUUGCUAAAUAUAAUGGAGAUGAAUCUGUUUAUUGGAUUUGUAACGUUGGUGUAUUUAUCUUCUUUUGUGUCCCCUGAUGCACAAGGAAAUGCGCUAUAUUCUUUGAGAACUUCACUCGGUGCUUCGACCAAUCAGCUGACAGAUUGGAAUCCGGAUAUCGUUAACCCUUGCACUUGGUCCAAAAUUACAUGCGACACUAAUAACAAUGUAAUUACAGUGGCAAUAUCUGAUAUGGGAUUUUCCGGAACAUUGUCGCCGAGAAUCGGGAUUUUGAAGACGCUGAAUAUACUCCAAUUGCAAGGAAAUGGAAUAACCGGGGAGAUACCUCAAGAGUUUGGAAAUUUGACCAGCUUGACCAUGUUGAAUCUCGAAAAUAAUCAUUUAACUGGAGAAAUACCUUCUUCGUUGGGCUCCCUCAAGCGGCUCUCCUUUUUGAUUUUGAAUGAAAAUAAUCUAUCUGGAUCAAUUCCAGAAUCACUUUCGAGUCUUUCGAACUUGUCGGAGAUCCAGCUUGCGAAUAAUCGACUAAGUGGAGAGAUACCUCCGCAGUUAUUUUCUAUUUCCAGUCAUAAUUUUACAGGGAACCAAUUGAAUUGUGGCAUCAAUUUUUCUCACCCAUGUGCUUCUCAAGAAAUAGUUCGUACAAGAAGAAAAUCGAAGACUGGCAUGAUAGUGGGAAUUGUGGUUGCUUCCUUAUUUAUUCUUCUUCUCGGAUAUUCUCUCGUUUUUCUUUUGUGGCGGCGUCGGAAUCGAAACGAAGUUUUUGUUGAUGUUGCAGGUGAAGUUGACCGGAGGAUCGAAUUCGGUCAACUGAAGAGAUUUUCUUGGAGAGAAUUGCAGAUUUGUACGAGCAAUUUCGACGAGAAAAAUGUACUCGGGCAAGGAGGAUUUGGGAAGGUGUAUAAAGGAGUUCUUGGGGAUAACACUAGAGUUGCGGUCAAACGUUUGACCGAUUACGAGAGUCCAGGUGGAGAUACUGCGUUCCAACGUGAGGUGGAAAUGAUAAGUGUGGCUGUUCAUAGGAAUCUUUUACGACUCAUCGGCUUUUGCACUACUCCGACCGAACGCCUUUUGGUUUACCCUUUUAUGGAAAACUUGAGUGUCGCCUCUCGUUUGCGAGAGCUCAAACCUGGUGAACCCGUUCUAAAUUGGGCAACGAGAAAACAGGUGGCACUCGGUACAUCGCGUGGACUAGAGUACCUCCACGAACACUGUAACCCUAAAAUCAUCCACCGAGACGUAAAAGCAGCAAAUGUGUUGCUCGAUGAAGAUUUCGAAGCCGUUGUGGGUGAUUUCGGUUUGGCGAAAUUGGUCGAUGUUAGAAGAACUAAUGUGACAACUCAAGUGAGGGGUACAAUGGGCCACAUUGCUCCCGAAUAUUUGUCCACCGGAAAAUCUUCGGAAAAAACGGAUGUUUUUGGCUAUGGGGUUAUGCUGUUAGAGCUUGUAACGGGUCAAAGGGCGAUUGACUUUUCGAGAUUGGAGUAUGAAGACGAUGUUUUGCUUCUUGACCAUGUGAAGAAGCUGCAAAGGGAGAAAAAACUGGACGAAAUAGUGGACCCCAACUUAAGUAGAAACUAUGAUAUCCAAGAAGUGGAGAUGAUGAUCCAGGUGGCACUUCUCUGCACUCAAUCUUCGCCCGAAGACCGUCCUAAAAUGUCCGAGGUUGUCCGAAUGCUGGAGGGAGAAGGUCUUACUGAGAGGUGGCAAUUAUGGCAGCAUGUCGAAAUUACGAGAAUGCAAGAAUACGAUCGGUUACAAAGAAGAUUUGAUUGGGGCGAAAAUUCGAUUUACAAUCAGGAUGCUAUCGAGCUCUCUGGGGGGCGAUAAGGUAACUUUGACCAACCCCUUUUUUUUUUUAAAUUCUCCUUGUAAUUAAUUGGUCAUUAUGACAAAAUGAGUUCUUGGUCGAAUCGAACCUCUCGAAAUUAAACACAAAGUUGAGUAUAGAAUAUUGACAGUAAAUAUACCAUGAUUUUUUUCGUAUA